CUUUCGCUUUCUCCCUCCCCCCCUCCCUCCUUCUUUCCUCCCACUGAUUUCCUCCUGGGUCCUGUUUGAGUGGGGAGACUUUAGCUGAUUCCGUUUUUGCUUUUCACACGGAAACAUCUAGAUUUGUGCUGCGCAAUUUCUCUGGAAAUGUCUGAAUUUUUGCAAGGGCAGGAACGGAGGAUCGUCCUGGUGGGCAAAACAGGCAAUGGGAAAAGCGCUACGGCAAACACAAUCCUGGGAAAGCACGUCUUUGAAUCCAAGUUCUCUUUCAAUUCCGUUACCCAGAGUUGCCAAAAGGAGGAGGUCCAGCUGAAUGGCAGGAAGGUGGUGGUCGUGGAUACGCCUGGAUUCCUUGACACCGGGUGUCCCGUGCGAGAAACGGCCACUGAAGUGAGCAGGUGCAUGAAGUUUUGCUCCCCGGGUCCCCACGUCAUUCUGCAGGUGGUUCGUCCCACCCGUUUCACCCAAGAGGAGGAGGACGUGGCUUGCUUGAUCAAGGAGAUCUUCAGCCUGAAGGCCAAGAAUUACAUGAUCCUCUUGUUCACCCGGAAAGAAGAUUUUGAAGGAAAGCCUCUGGAGGACUUCAUCAAUCAGGGGAACCUCGGGUUGAAGAGGCAGGUGUACAAUUGUGGGGGCCGCUUCCUGGCUUUCAACAACAAGGCCGAAGGAAAAGAACGAGAGGCUCAGGUGGACGAACUGAUGACCAUGAUUGAUGAACUGGUGAAGGAGAACAAAGGGGCUCCUUGCUACACGGAAGACAUGAUGAGGGCCGACAAGGAGAACUUCAAGAAUAACAAAAACUUUUCCUGGUUGUGUCCCUUGUGCUUUGCUUUUCAUCCAGAAAUCGGAGGUUUGUGCAGUUCAACCAGUCGGGAAAUGGCUGGAAGCGCCGGAGGGGACGAACGGAGGAUCGUCCUGGUGGGCAAAACCGGCAAUGGGAAAAGUGCGACAGGAAACACAAUCCUGGGAAAACAAGACUUUGAAUCCAAGAUAGCUUUUGGUUCCGUCACCAAAAGUUGCAAAAGAGUGGAGACCCAGCUGAAUGGCAGGAAGGUGGUGGUCGUGGAUACUCCCGGAUUCCUCGACACCGGGCGCCCCGAGCGAGAAACAGCCAACGAAGUGAGCAAGUGCGUGAAGUUUUGCUCCCCAGGUCCCCACGUCAUUCUGCAGGUGAUUCGUCCCACCCGUUUCACCAAAGAGGAGGAGGACGUGGCUCGCUUGAUUAAGGAGAUCUUCACCCUGAAGGCCAAGGAUUACAUGAUCCUCUUGUUCACCCGGAAAGAGGACCUGAAAGAUACGACUCUGGAGAAAUUCAUCGCCGACGGAAACUCCACGCUGAAGGAUCAGGUGUCCAGGUGUGGGUCCCGCUACCUGGCUUUCAACAACAAGGCCGAAGGAAAAGAACGAGAAGCUCAGAGGGCCCAACUGAUGACCAUGAUUGAUGACCUGGUGCAGAAGAACAAAGGUGCUCCUUACUACACGGAAGCCAUGAUGAAGUCAGACCAAGAGACGCUGAAGACAAAAUUUGCCUGGUUUUGUUCCCUUUUCUGAUGGACACAAGAAAGUCUAAUUGAGACAACUCCGCAAAAGUUAACAACUUCCUUUUCCCCUUUCUAUUUUUUGGUCACCACCAAAGAAUGCGCGCCUGAGAUUUAUGGUUGAGUCUCCCUGAGCCAAUUCUUUCCCCCCGAGACCACGUUUUCUACCGUUGGAUAAAAGGACUUCCUUAAAAUCCUGUCAUUCCUCUCCCCAAUAUCAACUGGCCCCACAGCCAAAUUCUCUAUCAAUCUGGACGCAUGUCCCUUUGGAAGCACGCAUUAUUUGGGGCUUCCCCGUCUGUCAAUCCAGGCUGAGAAACCACCAUCACCAGAAACGUUAAGACUUCAUUGAUACAGAUUAUAACCCCCAAUUUUGAAAGCGUCUCCCUUUUGCUCCUGCAGGCACCAAAUGUUCUUUCUCACCUGUCCUGUUUUCCUGGGACGAAUCCAGGUUUUUUUAAUGGUUUUCCCAAUUUUCCGCAAGAGGACUUUCUCUGGAGUCCUCCACCUACAACAGCGGGGUACCUGAUACACGGGAUGCAGACCAACACCGGGCUGCAGCAUGUCAGAAACUGGACCACGCAAACAAGCGAAGCCCCAUCGAUGGGAUGCAGGGAGCAUGCAAAACCACACUCCCUACUGUCAGCGGAAAAACCUCUCUACAACAGGGAUGUCAAACUCAAGGCCCGUGGGCGGAAUCCAGCCCGCAAUGUGGUCGGAUCCGGCUCACAGGGCCGUCCUGGAAAAUAUAAGGGGCUGCCCUGCAUUGCUUCGGCUCCGUUUACCCAAUGCAAAGAGGGAACAUUGACCCAGCAGUUUGGGGAGUGGUAUCAAACUGGCCAGGCCCACCCAGUCGCCCACGCCCACCCAACCUUCCCAAGGUCAACCACGGCCCUGAUCUGGCCCUCAAUGAAAUUGAGUUUGACACCCCUGCUCUACAGGGAAGCGCUCCCUGGUGCCCCAAACGGUUGAGGGCUGCUCCUCCACACCAGGGCUGUGGACCAGCAACAGGCUGUGGUGCACAAAGAACCACGCAGCACAAGUGAGUGAAGCCCCAUCUGUGUGGGUCUGUGUGCGCGCGCGAUCCAGGCAGCAAGUGAAACCUACACCCCCCCCUCUCCGGUAUGCGGAAAAACCAACCUCCACAGAACCGUCCCUGGUGCCCAAAGGUUUGGCGGGGGGCGGGGGGGCUGCUGUACCAUCAACCCCUUGCCGUGGCCAAU